AAACUAAAAGAAAAAAAAGAAAACAAAGGCAUUUCAUACGAGAGAACGUUAGAUGUGUUUAAAUCGUAAGCGUAGUUAGUCGUGUUAUAUUACUAUGCGCGAUAUUAUUUUAAAAAGUUAGAAACAAAUACUAUAAUAUAAUAUAUAAUAUUAAUGUAUCUAUUAUUUAUAAUUUGUCUAAAAGUUAUACAAUAAAAUAGUGAAAAUGUUUUGGGGUUUAAUAAUGGAACCAAAGAAACGAUAUAGUCAAACCGUCGAAAUACCAUUUCACCUGUCUAUGGCAACUUUGGAUGUUACAACCGGCAAUGAUGAAAUAGUACAAGUGAUAAUAUCUUACAAUGAUACAAAUUAUAUACUGUGUAACCUAAAAAAAGACUCAUUGUGGCAAGUAGCACUUGACUUGCAUUUUGAAAAAGGAAAUAAAAUAACUUUUACAUGUAGUGGUGAAAGUUACGUACACUUAACUGGGUAUUUGAAUCAUGAAUUCGUUUUAAGUGAUCCAGAAAAAGGAGAAGAAAAUAAUUUUUCACAAAUAAUUAAUAAACAAUCAAAAAGAAAAGCAACACAUUCUCCUAAAGUGACUUUAAAAGCAAAACGAAUGAAAUGUGAAGUUGAAUCUUCGGAUGUUGAAUUACAAUCUGACGAUACAGAUGAAGAUAGUGAAUAUGUAAAUGAAAGUGAAGAGGAUGAAGAGGAAGAAGAAGAGGUAGAAGAAGAUGAUGAAGAAGAAGAAGAAGAAGAAGAAGAAGGAGCAGAAGAAGAAGAAGAAGAAGAUAAAAAUUACGAAGAUGAUGAUGAUAAUGAUAAUGAAUUUCGUUUAAACGUGGAGUCUACUGAUGAUUUUGAAAGCAAAGAAGAAACCGAAGAGGAUGAUACCGAAGAAAAAGAAAAUAAACCUAUGAAACGAAAUAAGAAAAGUAAACAAAUCCAACAACGAAAUAAGAAGCAAGAUGAAAUAAUAUGUGAAGAGGAAGAUGAACAAAAGAAACAAAGUAAAAAACAACAAAAGAAAAAAUUAAAAGAACAAAGUAUUCAAACAAAAGAGAUAAAGAAAAUGAAAACUAUAAAAAUAAAAGAUAUAAAAUUAGGUACUGGUGCAGUUGCAAAAUUAGGAAAAUUAGUUUCAGUUUAUUAUGUAGGCAGAUUAAAAAAUGGUAAGAAAUUUGAUGAGAAAAAACAAGGAAAUGGUUUUAAAUUUAAACUUGGAAAAGGUCAGGUAAUUAAAGGAUGGGAUUUAGGUAUAGUAGGUAUGAAAGUUGGCGGAAAGAGGCAAAUUACAAUACCUCCGUCUAUGGCAUAUGGUGCUAAAGGUUUUCCUCCUCUUAUUCCUGGAAAUAGUACGCUUGAUUUUGAUAUUGAACUGAGAAAUGUUUAUUAACAUUUCAAAAAAUCUUAUUACGAGUUAAUUAACUUCUAAACAUGUGAUACUAAGACCAUCUGAUUAACUUGAAAUAAGUAAAAUAAAUUUUUGGUUAACUUCAAACAACGAUAUUAUUGAAGUAAUAUAUCAUGCUAACAAUUAAGACUAAUAUAUUCAAUAAGAAAAAAUGUAUUAGAUAAGAUGUAAUAUAUGAUAGUAGAUGCAAAACCAUUGUUGAUGAUAUAUUUAAUAUUUAAUAUGUUUUAACCUAGUGCAUGUCAAAUAUGUUGAAAUAAGUGGUUUGUAAAGAAAUUUUACUUUUAAAUUAAAAAAAUAACACUAUUGCUAUAUUAUCAUCCUUGCUAUCGGACAAUUGAUAUAAAUUACCUACAUACCCUUUUAUUGGGAAACAUUAGAUUUAACCUUAAUUCAUGUCAUACGUCAAAUGUCAACAAUAUAUAUAUAUAAGACAAUAAAUGUUAAUUUGUGCAUUAUAUACUUAAUGAAAAUUCACAAUGUCAUGUAUCUUAAUCUUUUUAUAUAAAUUUCUCUUAUCGGAAUUAAUGCGUACCGGGCUUUUUACAGUUGGAUAACCGAUGAUAUACAUACAUAUAUUAAUUAUGAUUGGAUGACUGGAUAGAGAAUGGUAGAUGUAAUACGAUUGCUACAUAAACCAGAUACAAAAAUGUUUAUAAGCACCUGAUAAGUCAUUAAUAUAUUCAAAUUAAAAAUGUUAAGAUUCUAUUAAUUUACUAAAACGUAACAAAAAAUGAAAAGAUUAGAAAUACGUUUUUAUCUUUGAUCAACAUUAUUUACAUAUUUUUUAAGUUUCUGAUGUUUUACAACAUGAAGGUAGGUGUGCUGAAAUCGCUACCAUUCGCGCUCCCUAGUGGUUUAAUUGGUAAACUUCAAUAAAAUUAAGCAUUAUAUAUAAAACAGAAAUGAAAUAAAAUAUUUACUAAUUAAUUAAAAUACUUAUAUAUACGUAAUUAUAUCAUAGUAUAUAAUUAUUAAUAAUAUUCACAAAGUAUGGAAAGAAGUAUUUAUUCUAUCAAAUUGUUAUAUGGCUACAUUUUUAAUAAUAUACAUAGCUUCAUUAUCACAUCCAAAUAGUAAAGUUGUUUUAUCAAUGUCAAUACUAUUUAUUGGUUUAUGCAUAACACAACAAAGCGAUGUAACAUUAAUAUUACCAUUCGUUCCUAUUGUAUUCAACCAAUGAGUAUCUGUUGAAUCUACAAUGAAAAUUACCAUAUGAAUAUAACACAUUUUAUAUAUAUAUAUAUGUUAGAAAAAGUUCUCUAAAGUUACCUAAUCUAAGUUUUGAAUUCUGUGUAUUAUUCCAAUGCCACAAUUCACCACUGGUUGAACAGGUAAACAAAUUUUCUGGUCUGUCUGGAUGGAACAUAAUUUCACUGACUGCUUUUGCAUGAGCAUUAAGCUGCGAUAUAGGGUAAGUAUGAUGUCUUAAAUCCCAUACAGUCAAACUACCAUCACCUCCACCUGCAACUAUUAUGUGCCUUUGUGUAGGAUGAUGUGCAAUACUCAUGGCUUCGGUCUGAAAAAUAUUUUAUAUAAUUAUAUAACAUUUCAAGAACUUUAAUUACAAUAAAAAUAUAAUUAAAAAUAAAAAUAAAAAUGAAAAUUAUGAUACUUUGAUCUGUUCUGAAAGCAUAAAAGUAGUUGCAGGAGUAUCCUGAUCAUUUCUCAAAUCCCAAACUUUCAUGUGUCCUCGUAAAUUGCCUGUUAAUAUUUCACUAUGUCGUAAAAAAUCAACACAAUAGAUAGAGCAGCUAUCUGCAUUCUCUGAAAAUUUAAAUAAAGUUUGAUGUUGUCAGAAGAUUAAUUCGACCGUCUUCGCCCACCGAAACUAUAUCUUGCUCAAAGUUAGAAAGAGCAGUACAUGGAGCAUAAUCUAAUGUUCUAUGUAAAUAACCAUUAAUCAUAGAAAUGAAUGAUCAAGUGAGUUAUAUAUUUCAUGAAGCUUACUUACUUAAAAUUAUGUAUAAAUUCCCACGCCAUAUGUUCUUUAAAUUGAGGAAAUGGAUUCUCAUGAAUUUGUAAUAAUCUAACAGAGCCUAAAGAUGACGAUGCCACAAAAAAGUUACUGUUUAUGAACUGUAAAAUUGAUAUAAUAUUAAUUUUAAUCAAACGAUA